GCGUGUUUACGCCGGUGCCGCCAAUAGUUUUCUGUUUUCCUCGGGUAUUCGUAUAAUUUUACCGUAAUUUCAAGAUGCCCACUUCAAAACUGCAUGCCAACAUGAGCUACCGCGAGGUCAUCCCGAAAAACCUUAGUCCCGCCGAGUGGAUCGAGGUGAAGAUUAGCACAGGCAACCAGAGCACUCUGCAGGACCUGAAGACAUUUGAGACCUCCGGCGGCUACUGCUACAAGAGCAGGAAGAAUGUGCAGACCAGGAAUCGCUUUAUAUACUGGCGCACCUACCAGGAUGUGCUGGAACUCUCGGAGGUCAGCCUGGACAUCUCGCUGCAGCGGAAUCACCUGCGCCUGCGAUUCACCGACUCCGCCGUGCUAAAUGUCUCCCUCACCGAGCAAGACAAGUCCAUCACCCUGCUGGUGGUCACGGUCAGCAGUGUGCAUCGCUAUGUGUUCCCUUUGAAGAUUGCUUCCCCGGAUGCGGGAGGAUCCCCCGAGGAUCUGCUGUCGCAGUCUAUUUUCUACGACGUCAACGAGAAGAUCAACGUUCCGAGCAGCUUCUAUGUGACGGAUGGCUUUGGAACGAUGCCCAAUGUGGCUGUGUCGUAUCUCACACAAAACGCCCAGGAAGCCUACUUUGCGGUGGCCUACCAGGACAAACUGUUGCUCCACAUCAUGAACUGCUUGACCGGCAACACGGUCACCCACGAAGUCAAGGAGCCGCAUCUGAUGCCUCGCUUCCUAUCGAAUCUAAAGGGCGCCCUUACUGGUAGAUCGGAAACGCUGGAGGCAGCCACUUCCAUGGCAUUUAGCGAGAUCGAGGAGUCCGUUUUCAUUCUGGUCCUGUAUCGCAGUAAUGAGCUGCGCCUGUGGUCAGUGGACAGCCUGCAGACAGUGGCCAGCAUCAAUUGCUCCGCCGGAUCGGGGCAUGGAGGCCUGGGGGCUCAAGGACCCCAAAACAACCAGCUUCGCAAGAUAAGCGAGGAGAACUUCUGCCUGUUUCUCUCCCAAGGUCUCCAAUCCGAGUUCAUUUGCGUGAGCAUCAUGGCCGAUGCCAACGAGGCCAGCGGAAUCAAUUUGGUGCAGAACUCGGUGCCGGCGCCCCAAAUGGAUUUGAUCGACUUCGAUGCCACCUCCUCGCACAUCUGGGCGCUCUGGAGCAACGCAGAAGGAGAUUUCCAUGUCUCUGCUAUUUACUUGGGUACAAAUAACGCUAUCAAAUGGGUUUCCGCUGCUCUGGAACCGCCACCGGAUCGCUAUUGUCUCACCAUGGAGCAGGGAGUCGAUCCCCGCGAGACUUACUGCUCGUAUAUCUUCCAUCCAGGUCGGUUUGACCGAAAUGUGAUUGCCAAGGCACUAUAUAUGUUCAGACGCGUCAACCUGCAGUUCGAUGUGAAGCAGCUUUCCAUGUCGGUGCUCAAGGAGCAGGUGUGCCAGGCCGUCGAAGACGAAAUCCAGAACGAACUCAAAGACUUUGUGGUCACCGACGAGGAGUACUUGGAGAUAUCCACGCGGCUGUGGGAUCGCUUUUACUCGUGCUGCGAACAGUAUCACAUUAAGUUCUCCGAACCGACAGGACUCGCUGUUCUCGGAGGCAUGGAUGCAGUCUGUUUGGUCAGGAGGCAAUCCUUCGCCCUGCUGCGUCCCUGCGAAGUGCUUGAGCACCUGUUGCUCAUAGGGGAGCACAAUGAGGAGGUGGCCACCUACGUGGCUCCACUGUUUCGCAACGAUCCCGAAAUGGCAAAGGGUUUCGUUGACCUCAUGAAUGUGGUCACGCUACUGGACAAGCUGAUCUCGGAGGAUAUUAAAACUGAUCUAGAUAAACAGCUCUACCAGCGCGAGCCGCCCAUUGAUGUGAUAUCCAAGCUAGUGGCCAGAAUCACGGUGGGCGAUGAUAAUGGCCCGAUGUUGCCGUCAAACUGUGUGAAGCAAAUUCAUCAGAAGCUACAGGAUAUACCGAACCUUAAACCCGCUCUGGAAAUGCUACUCGAUGUGCUGUGCAUGAUUGAUCCCGAUGCGCCGCCGCAUGAUUAUUCCCUUUCUACACGCUUUCUGCAGCCAUCUGGAGCUCUAAUGGGCAGCGAAUAUGGUCUGGCCAUUUUAUCUGAAACGGUCAAGCAAAUGGCAAUGAUUAGAUUUUCUGUUUGCCGGAACCUUUUGGUUUUGCAAUACAUGGCUUAUGGUCAGGAUGGAAUGGACAGCGAUAACGUUUUAACGAAUAUCAGUUAUCUCAACUCGUACUACACUUUAGUUUGGAUUGCCGAGACGCCCAUUUCUUCUAAUACUCCAGCUGGAUUUGAGGCCUCCAUUCAACGGUUGAGUCGAGCACAGCUCUUCAGCGGCUACACACGGCCAUAUUCCAGCCAUUUGCGGAAUAAUGGCAAUGAUCAGACCACCUUGCUCAGGCUGUUCCUGCAAUCUAAGGGUCUGUUUAGCGCUCUUUCUAUGCUGCUGAAGACGGACAGCAUGCAGCUGGAGUCGGAGCAACUGAACCUACGUCAGACUUUGCUUCAACUAGUGGGAUUCAUCAAUAAGAUGCUUUGGCCCGAGUCUCCGAUUUACGUUUUUCCGGAAUGGCUGUUCGGCACCUGCCAUCACAUCAUUGUGCAGGAUUAUGUGCGCCUUUUGUCCAGCUGGUGUUCCGUGAAAGCCCAUGCCAGACGCUUUAUGCUGGCAGUUUCCCUCUUAGAUUGCGGUGAGGCCCACAAGGCGGUGCAUCUCUUCCAGCAAACGGCGCCUGGCGUUGUGGAGGAUGACUUCCUCUUCGAGCACGUGCUGAAAAACACUCCGCUGUACGGCAAACUGCAGGAGAGCGUCGCGCGGGGCCAUAAAGUUUCCGCAGAAGACAGAAAAUUGGCCAUUGUUCACUAUUAUCUGAAGAUUAUUCAGCUCUUCGAGCAGCAUUCCGCCCUGGACUAUGUGAUUGAGUUGGCUCACAUGGCCAUGAGUGUGUUGAAGCCGGAUGAUCCCCAGUUGCCCAUGUUCCAGUCGAUCGUGUUCAACAAUCAUCUCCAGCUGGGCCACUACCAGGAGGCCUACUACGCCUUGGUCUACAAUGCCGACACUUCGAGGAGGAAGGAUUGCCUGCGUCAGUUGGUCAUAACGCUGUUCCAGAGCAAAUGCCUGCCCCUGCUGAUGCAGUUUCCGUAUAUAGGCUUGCAGGACGAGUUCGAGAGCAUCGUGGAAUCCCGCGCACGAUCAAUGAGCAUCGAUCAGAAUGAUGUGUAUAACUUUUUGUAUGCAUUCCACACGAACAAGGGCAACAUGCGGAAAGCCGCCACGGUUAUGUACGAGCAGGCGAUGCGCUUUCAAGUGGACAGCGAUGCGCCGAAUGCGCUGGAAAAGCGCUGCUCCUCGCUGCUAAUUUGCCUGAACUGUUUGCACUUGGUGGACAGCCGCUACAGGUGGAUAGCCAGGCCCACAAUUGGCGACGAGCGGGUGGCGGCCAUAGAUCAGGAUAACGACGAUGGAGAACCAAAGGGAGAUGAGGAUAAAACCGGCCAGGAGGUGGUGGUCCUGGAACUGGCCGACAUCCGCAGGGAACUGGUGCACGCGGAGGCUUUGCAUGAGCUCUCGCACUACCGCAAAGAUGCAGCUGCCUAUGAGCGAUCCUCGCCAGAGGAGCUUUCCUACCUGCUAGCCAGCUGUGGGCUGUACACGGCCGCCUUGAAACUUUCCCGCGGCCACUCGUUCUCCGUGCUUCCCAUUUUCGAGAGUCUCACCGUGGCUUGUGUCACCGCCACCGAGGACAAGGGCGCGGAUGCCUGGAAUUGGUUGCAAAACAACGAUAUGGCCGAUCUUCCACAUCGAAGCAAUGCAGCCGACAUGGCCUGGACUUUGCUCCAAAAACUGGUGGUGGAUAAUGAGGCAAAGGACUCGACUUUGAUAAGAAAGAGCGUGGUGCAAAGGCUGCUGGCCUUGAACGCCUUUGUGCCGCAAUGGCUGGUGGACUCCUACAAGCUAUCCCAUUCGCGGGAGCUGCUUCAGUUGUUCGUCAAGCACAACCGCCUGCUGGAAGCCGCUGAUUUGGGCUGUGAAAUGAUCGCCGGCAUGCUGGGCGCAGGCAGCGAGUACUUUGACUUUAAGCAUUCGGUGAAUGUGACCAAUCCGCAGCUCUCCUUUCCCAUCAACACGAUCGAUCUGCUGCUGCACGCGCUGAAGAUUAAUGGCAAGGAGGAUGUGGAAUAUGAAAUGGCGCAUGUCAAACUGGAGGAGGAGGUCCACAGAUAUAUCGAGACCAUAAAGCGAACCACCGAGGACAAAAUGAGUUUGGCCAUUCUGCAGAGUCGAGAGGAACGACAACAGCAACAGCUUCAUUAG